AUGAAGGUGAUGGUGGUCUUCGUCCUCUCUGGUGUCCUCUGUGUCUCAGCUGACGAUCCUCCUUCCAGUCCGGUGAUCUACACCAGAGACAAGCAGAACCGGGAGAAGAACACCCUCAUCUGUCAUGUGACUGGUUUCUAUCCUGCUCCUGUGAUGUUCUGGACCAAGAACCAGCAGAACGUCACUGAAGGAAGCAGAACCAACGUUCCCUUCGUCAACAAAGACGGAACCUUCAACCAGUUCUCCUCACUGGAGUUCAUCCCACAGCUGGGAGACAUCUACGGCUGUACGGUGAAACAUCUGGCCCUGGACCAGCCGCUGACCAGGUUCUGGGAUGUGGAG